UUCUUUUGGUAGAGGUGAUGGGUUAUUGACGUGUUAGUGCUCUAACAAGGUGACGUAAAUAUUCCUGGACCUACCAACGCUUCAAAGGGUUAUUUCUGUUGUACUUGGGGCAGCAGGAGGUUGCAGAGCAAUCAGUAGCUUUCAUCAUUAUCUCAGAGGUGAUCUGGCAAUUGAGGCGUGAUCCACGACCUCAGCGAGAGAACAGUGGCAAACAUCCAAGGCUUCUCUGGUCCUCAGUAGCAUUUGCUUUUAUGGAUUGCUGCAGACCCUCUCUGGGUUAUGAAGAAGAUAAGCCACAUCCUCUUCACCUAAGCGUUGAAUAGAGAGAGCCUCCUGAGGAUGCAUGGUUCGGUCCAGGGUAACUCAUUCUUUGUCUCUUGCAGGACACAGCACUAAGCAAGAACCAGUAGUGCUGUGUUGAGCAUUCAAAAUGCAACCAGACAUGUCCUUGGACAACAUCAAGAUGGCAUCCAGUGACCUGCUGGAGAGAAAAGAUCUCGACAGUGGAGGCUUUGGAAAGGUGUCCUUGUGUUUCCACAAAAGUCAUGGAUUUGUCAUCCUGAAAAAGGUGUACACAGGGCCCAACCGUGCUGAUUACAAUGAGGCUCUCUUGGAAGAGGGGAAGAUGAUGCACAGACUGAGACACAGUCGAGUGGUGAAACUGCUGGGCAUCAUCUUAGAAGAAGGGAAUUACUCGCUGGUGAUGGAGUUCAUGGAGAAGGGCAACCUGAUGCAUGUGCUGAAGGCCGAGAUCAGUGUCCCGCUUUCUGUAAAAGGAAGGAUAAUUGUGGAGACCAUUGAAGGAAUGUGCUACUUACAUGACAGAGGUGUAAUACACAAGGACCUGAAGCCUGAAAAUAUCCUUGUUGACUGUGAUUUUCACAUCAAGAUAGCGGAUCUUGGUGUGGCUUCCUUUAAGACUUGGAGCAAACUGACUAAGGAGGAACACAACAAGCAGAGGGACGUGAACAGCACCUCCAAGAGGAAUGGGGGUACCCUCUCCUACAUGGCACCCGAACACCUGAAUGACAUCAACGCAAAGCCUACAGAGAAGUCAGACGUGUACAGUUUUGGCAUUGUGCUUUGGGCAAUAUUUGCAAAUAAGGAGCCCUAUGAGAAUGCCAUCUGUCCUGAGCAGCUCUUGAUCUGCGUAAACUCUGGAAACAGGCCAAAGGUGGAAGACAUCAUUGAGCAUUGCCCAAGGCAGGUCAUCAGCCUCAUGGAGCGCUGUUGGCAAACAGACCCAGAAGACCGGCCAACGUUUCCUGGCAUUGAAGAAGAAUUUAGGCCUUUUUACUUAAGUCAAUUUGAAGAAUAUGUAGAAGAGGAUGUGGCAAGUUUAAAGAAACAGUAUCCAGAUCAAAGUGCAGUUUUGAAGAGAAUGUAUUCUCUCCAAAACGAUUGUGUGCCCUUACCUCCAAGCAGGUCAAAUUCAGAACAGCCCGGUUCACUGCACAGCUCCCAGGGACUCCCGAUAGGGCCUGUGGAGGAAUCCUGGUUUUCUUCUUCUCCAGAGCAACCACAGGAAGAGAGUGAGCGCAGUGUACAGGCUAAACUCCAAGAGGAAGCCAGUUACCAUGCUUUUGGAGCAUUCACAGAGAAGCAGGAGAAAACGCAGCCCAGGCGGAAUGUGGCUUACAGCAUAGAGGAGGAAAGGAAACGAAGGGUCUCCCAUGACCCCUUUGCGCAGCAGAGACCUCAUGAGAAUGAUCAGAGUACAGGCGCCAAAGGUCUUUCUGAUCCCAGCAGAGUCAGAUAUGGAAAUGCAGCACACCAGCUGUCAGGGCCAGCCAGCCAAACACAAGUGCCGUUGUGGAACAACGGACUAUAUAACCAGCAUGGGUUUGGAACUGCAGGUGCAGGAGUUUGGUAUGGGCCAAAUCCAAGCCAAAUGUCUAAAACUCCGGUACCUGAGAGCAACCUGCCAGGAAGCACACCCACUGUUCCAUUCAUCUCCCUGCCACCAUCAGAUGAGUCCAUAAAAUAUACUAUAUACAAUAGUUCUGGUGUUCAGAUUGGAAACUACAAUUAUAUGGAUCUUGGACUGAGUUCACAACUACCAGACAACCUGUGCAAAGAAGAGCCAGCUUCCACGCACCGAGCCAUCUUUGAUAACACCAGUAGUCUGACUGAUAAACACCUGAACCCUGUGAGGGAAAACCUGGGAAGGCAGUGGAAAAACUGUGCCCGCAAACUGGGCUUCACUGAGUCUCAGAUCGAUGAAAUUGACCACGACUAUGAGCGAGACGGGCUGAAAGAAAAGGUUUACCAAAUGCUCCAGAAGUGGUUGAUGCGGGAAGGCACCAAGGGGGCCACAGUGGGAAAGUUGGCCUGGGCGCUUCACCAGUGUUACAGGAUAGACCUGCUGAACCACUUGAUACGCGCCAGCCAGAGCUAAGCCUGGGCUGGCUCUGGCAGUGGGAACCAGACUGUUCACCCGGUGCACCAGCCCCAUUUGCCCCUGGCCUUCAGAACUCAUCUCAGUACGAGCCCUGCAUCUGCGCACAGUGUCAUGCAUUCUGGAACUGGAGAAUGGGAAGACAAGUCUGCAGCCCACUCUGGUUCUUCAGAAAGUACAAGCGUGAAGACUGCUCAGUGGCCCAGGACAAGGUUGGGGUGGGAGAUAAAAAGAACAGCCUAUUGGGUUGUGAAAAGGAGAGAGGAGGUGUUGGAGGAGAAAGAUGGUCUUCGUUCAGCUUGUGCCAUAGUCUUCAGUUAUGCUGUUUACUCAGUUUCCCGUGCUUUCGUUUGGGCGAGGGGGAAAAAAAACAUUCAGAGAAUGUAAAAUCCACUAGCUUCCUACUUCAUGCACUGAGUGCAGUCAGGUUCUGCUCAGAUGCCUAAUACGACAGCCACGGUUCUUCCUACAGUUAUAGGCUCUGUUAACUUUAGCGUCGGUGCUGUGCUGUCCCCGUAAGCUUUAAGAAUCAUGUGCAAUUGUAGUCUGUCAAAUUGUAAGUUAAUGAGAUGGUAAGGAGUGCUAAGGAGGAGGAAAAUCUCAGGGCAGAGGGAGAUCAGCAGAUUCCAGCAGUCACCACCGACAGCUGCCGCUGAUUGCAGCUGCUGUAAAACCUGCUCUAAGUUUUUCAGUCCUCUUCUACCCUUCUGACACUUGGUGCAGUUCCUCGGCCUGCACCCCACAGAGGGAACAGGUGUGCAGGAAAUACUGAUCAGGAAACGGCAUCUCUUCCUGGAUAUGACCAGAGCCUCAGCACUGCUCACUGUAGAGCUGCUUCCUCAGUUUACCCAGAAAAAUGUACUGUAGAAAAAUAUGUUUCUUCUGUGUGCCAUGAAUCAAAAAGGACAGCUUCAGAGUGCAGUCACUGUGCCUUUAGCAAGCCCGU